AUGAAGACAAAAAGCAGGGAGGCAGCGGCAGCGGCCACAAACCCGCUGUGCCUCUCGCACAGUGGCGCACGCGGCGGGCGGCGGUCUGCGCGGCUCUGCUCUCUCCGGCUCAACUCCCGCUUCAUGUCGGCCGAAGAAGCGGCCCCCAACGGCGCCACCACAAACGCGCCGGCUCUCGAGCCGGUCAUCGACUCAGUGCGGUCUUCGAUGACCGACACGGUGUCGGAGAAGCUCAGUGCGGUCGAGGACACGAUCCAGCGCAAGCUGGACAUCGACUCAGUGCGGUCUGACAUGACCGACACGGUGUCGGAGAAGCUCAGUGCGGUCGAGGACACGAUCCAGCGCAAGCUGGACAUCGACUCAGUGCGGUCUGACAUGACCGACACGGUGUCGGAGAAGCUCAGUGCGGUCGAGGACACGAUCCAGCGCAAGCUGGACAUCGACUCAGUGCGGUCUGACAUGACCGACACGGUGUCGGAGAAGCUCAGUGCGGUCGAGGACACGAUCCAGCGCAAGCUGGACAUCGACUCAGUGCGGUCUGACAUGACCGACACGGUGUCGGAGAAGCUCAGUGCGGUCGAGGACACGAUCCAGCGCAAGCUGGACAUCGACUCAGUGCGGUCUGACAUGACCGACAUGGUGUCGGAGAAGCUCAGUGCGGUCGAGGACAAGAUCCUGCGCAAGCUGUGCGGCGUCGGCGAGAAACGCGCGAACAAAGUCAAGGUGGCCUUCAUCCUCCUCACAGGCCUGGUCGCGCUGGUCGAGGCCGGCCUGAUCACAGCCACCACAGAGCCGAGUGUCUACAUCGACAUGGAGCUCCUUGACGAGGGGUUCAAGUGGAGCAAUCUCCUUCCGUCGUCCUGCAUUUCCGACAAGCUCCCACCACCGCCAGCGGGGGAAACAGCGUCGCCGAAGCCACCCGGGCUCCCACCACCGCAAGACUCCGCAAGCGACCAGGCCAUCGCGGCUUUGACCAGCAAGGCUUUGACCAGCAACCAGUCGCUGAUCGACCUCUGGUAUUCGGACACCAUCGAGAGCCAGUGCAAAUACGACCCUCUUUUCAGCGGCGAGGCCACCGUUGACAACUGCGGCCCACAGCCAGAGUGCAUCCGAGGCCUCAGUGUCUUCUUCACGAUGACGCUCUUCCUCUCCGCCGUGUGCUACACCGGGGCGCGCAUCGCGCUGCACUACCUCACGAUGCGCGACAGCCAGCUGUGCGACUGCUGCCCCGGUUGCAUCCGCACCGGCCUGCGCAUCUGCCUCAAGAUGGGCGCGCCCGUCGCGCUCAACUCUCUGAUGAUCGUCAACACGAAGAUGGCGUGGCAAGAGGGCGGAAAGAACGGGGUACCCUCGCACGUGUACGGCUACAGGCUGGGCUUCAGCACACUCGAGCUCUUCUUCGUCGUCGUCAACGUGCUCUUCAUGAUGGUCUUCGUCCUCGUCGGCUCCAUGCUCGUCGUCGCGCCCACCUGCUGCGCAGGCAUGAUCAAGAUCUGCUGCAAGGCUUGCGGAGGCGGGGCCAACGCUAUGCGUAACGCGGUCAAAAGGGUGAAGCAAUGGGCCCGCGGCUACCUCGUCUUGAUGCUCUACAUACUGUCCUUCUGGGGCAUCGUCACGACGAUCGUUGCCGCCGCGCUCGAGUACGAGGACUGGGCUUCGACGCUCAAGUACGAGGACUGGGUUUCGCCGUCGAUCGCCAUCCAGUCCUUCCCUCUCAUCGACAUUGCCAUGACUCUGAUCAUGUUCCCGCCCAACCUUGCCGUCCAGCUCGACUCCGAGCUCCCGCGCGUCUGGGCCGUCGGGGCGCUCCGAAUUUGCAAGGUGAUCUCUGUGUGCAUAGCACUGUUCUUGGAGUACUUCCACUUGUUCUUGAAGUGGAAGUACUCAGGGCCGCCGUGCAAGUGCUGCACCAAGUGCUUCCCGUGUUGUGGCCAGGGCGACACGCCCCAGCAGGGCAAAGGGCUGAAUGAGAUCAAGGUCGAGGUCGAGGGCGCCAUCACAGACGCCGCGGCUGAGGCGGAGCAGACUGCGACUGAGAUCAAGGUCGAGGUCGAGGGCGCCAUCACAGACGCCGCGGCUGAGGCGAAGCAGACUGCGACUGAGAUCAAGGUCGAGGUCGAGGGCGCCAUCUCAGACGCCGCGGCUGAGGCGAAGCAGACUGCGACUGAGAUCAAGGUCGAGGUCGAGGGCGCCAUCACAGACGCCGCGGCUGAGGCGAAGCAGACUGCGACUGAGAUCAAGGUCGAGGUCGAGGGCGCCAUCACAGACGCCGCGGCUGAGGCGAAGCAGACUGCGACUGAGCUGGCUGAGAUCAAUGUUCAGGACCGGGUCGUGGAGGAGACGGAGAAACUCAUACCGCAGCUGGAAGAGAACGCCUCGGCAGACCUCCAGGCACUCAAGGAUGCGGCUCCCACCAGUUCCAGAGACUGGUUGCAGAGGGCCAAGGAUUGGGCGUGGGACAUGUCCGACAGGGCGUCCGCCAGGGCGGACAGCGAGGAGCAGAAGGCAUCGGAACGCCUCAGCGGUACUUCUGCACCGUCGAAACGCCUCAGCAUCUAG